AUGGCUGAUCAAAUUGGAAAGUGGGCCGCCGGCGGAUCCUACGGCCCGGUGCUCUCACAGACAGACCUCUAUCUACUCAACACAAACCUCGAACUCAACCCCAUAAUAUCCGGAAACCACGGCUCUUUCCAUCUUGUAUUCAACCUAGCAAAUGGCCAGACUGGGGGAUUUAACCCAAGUGCAAGAGACCGUGAUCUAUCCUUCACACAAAAGGACGAACCAGCGACGCUGCCCAGAGUAACAGAACUUGUCAUCAUCACCGAGAUCAGUCCAUGGUGCACGAUAGUGAAGAACGAACGAGGCGUCACUAUGGGGGACAUUUGCACGGCUGUAUGGAAGGAAUACUCGGAGAAUUAUGUGACUGAUGGGGAGUUCCAAGCCCUGCCCCCUCGACUACAAGAACAGGUUAAGCGCACGGCAGCGCACAACGCCCAGAGUGGAUGGAAUAUGUAUUACUCCCCGGCAGUUCCGCCGAAUCGUUACAAGCGUGUUGAUUGGCUGCGCGAGCGAGUCUUCUUCGAAGGUCUGGCACGGAAUGACCGAUACGCCGAAUCUCGCCUCGGUUUCAAAGCACCGAAUAUAUUUGUGAUGACCUUGGUCGCCUAA